AUGGUCCGCAUAGUUAGCGUGCUGGGCUUGGUUAUGUUCAGUGUGGCUCUGCUCAUUUUGUCAUUGAUCAGCUACGUGUCAAUAAAAAAAGAUUUUAUCUUCGCUGCCCCUAAAUAUGCAAAUUCGGGAGGUCCACGGAUGUAUAUGUUUCAUGCCGGAUUCCGGUCCCAGCUGGCAAUGAAAUUCUUGGAUCCAGCGUUUACGCCACUGAAUAACGCUCUGAAUGAAAACCUACAGGAUAAGUCAUCCAAAUGGAAGUUUAAUAAAACAGCGUUUGUAGAGCAAAGCAAAGAAAUUGCUCAAUACAUCGACGUACCUCACAACUUCACGCUGACCAAGAACAGUGUGCGGGUGGGUCAGCUGAUGCACUAUGACUACUCCAGCCACAAGUAUGUCUUCUCCAUCGGGGAGAACUUCAGGUCUCUGCUUCCGGACACUUCCCCCGUCCUGAACAAGCAUUUCAACACUUGUGCUGUAGUGGGCAACAGCGGUAUACUCAUGGGCAGUCGCUGUGGCUCAGACAUCGACAAAUACGACUUUGUCUUCCGCUGUAAUUUCGCACCCACCGAAGUCUUCCGCAGGGACGUGGGGCGACGGACCAACCUGACCACCUUUAACCCCAGCAUUCUGGAGAAAUACUACAACAACCUGCUGACCAUUCAGGACCGUAACAACUUCUUCCUCAGUCUGAAGAAGCUGGAUGGGGCCAUUCUGUGGAUCCCUGCGUUUUUUUUCCACACCUCAGCCACCGUUACACGCACGCUGGUUGACUUCUUUGUGGAGCACAAGGGCCAACUGAAAGUGCAACUAGCUUGGCCAGGCAACAUUAUGCAGUAUAUAAACAGAUACUGGAAGACAAAGCAGCUUUCUCCUAAGCGUCUGAGUACCGGGAUUCUCAUGUACACGCUGGCCUCUUCCCUGUGUGAUCAGAUUCACCUGUAUGGUUUCUGGCCUUUUGGCUGGGACCCCAACACAGGCAAGGAGUUACCAUAUCAUUACUACGACAAGAAGGGCACCAAAUUUACCACCAAGUGGCAGGAGUCCCACCAGCUGCCCACUGAGUUUAAGCUUCUGUUUAAAAUGCACACUGAGGGACUGCUGAAGCUGAGCCUCUCCCACUGUGCCUAG